GCUAAGACAAAUCAGCACCAGAUCAAAUCUAUAUAUAGGUUCUCUGAUAAGUCUUAGAAACCAAAAAAAAAAAAAAAGGUUCAGCAAUGGCCACUCAAGAAGUAAAGGUUUUUGGUGUAUGGGAAAGUCCCUAUAGUAAAAGAGUCGAAAUUGCUCUGAAAAUGAAGGGAGUGGAAUAUGAAUAUGUGGAAGAAGAUCUCUCUACCAAGAGUUCUGAACUUCUCAAGUACAACCCUGUACAUAAGAAGGUUCCUGUGUUCUUGCACAAUGGGAAGCCCAUUGUGGAGUCCCUUGUCAUUCUUGAGUACAUCGACGAAACCUGGAAAUCAGGCACUCCUAUUCUGCCCGAAGAUCCUCAUGAACGUGCCACUUCACGGUUUUGGGCUAAUUUCGUGGAUGAUAAGUUAUUGCCAGCUGCGGUGAAGUACUUGAAGAGCAAAGGCGGAGAGAAAGCAGUGAACGAAGAAAUAAGCGAGCUGCUAAGCGUCCUAGAGAACGAACUCAAAGGCAAGAAAUUCUUUGGAGGCGACAGUAUCGGACUAAUUGACAUUGCUAGCAACAUUAUUGCCCUUUGGCUCGAUGUUAUUCAAGAAGUUGUUGGCGUGGAGGUAUUUACCAAGGAGAAGCAUCCAAAAUUGUUCAAAUGGAGUGAAGAGUACUUGAAUUGCAGCAUUAUAAAGGAGACUUUGCCUCCUAGAGCUGAUUUGCUUGCCUUCUGGCAAAGCCGCGUUCAGGCUCCUGCUGCUUAGUAUGACUGUUCAGUUGUUCUGCAUGUUGCAUUAGUUGAGUUCUUGAGCAAGUAAUGUGUUACAAUUUACAAAAUCUCGUUUGUAAGCUUUCUUGUGCUGUUUGUGCGUCAGUGUUUUUUAAGAAAUUUAUUGUUAAGCAUUCUUAUUCGGAGGGACAUUUUAAUAUAGUGUUUUUAGUUUGACAAUUUUUACAUAA